UCAUAAACUGUCAUAACCUCGAUGCCCAAUCUAUUCAGUUCAUAAAGAAAACAUAUCAGCUUUGACGACCAUUUCUAUCAAUCAUAUGCAUCGCCUCCCUUCUUUACUCCCAUCCUGCUCGGUACGACCCUGGCGAUUUAGGGUGACAUGCCCCGCUAGCAUCGAGGGCAACCAACCCCCCCCCCAAGACAGCAUAUUCGUCGCAACAGAGAAAUUUCGAUCUCAUUACUCGCGGCGUUUACGUGCUGAAACACCCAUAAACCUCAGCUUUAUCUAUUAUGGUACAAAAAGUCGGGUGGCCCGUAGUCCUCAUUAGGCGGGCCCGUAACUAUGGGCGGGCCAUCUUUGGAUUGGGGGCUGUCCACAGUUCGCAACCAGCCAACGGCCUUGAUAAGGGCUGUCCCUGUCCGCACAACGGUCACACCUGCGCUUGGUUUGUCUAGUUACAAUUCCCAGCCUCGGCUACCCAAUACUCCUGCGUCAUGAAUGAACCGAGCGUCUCUACCGAGAAAAUGCCUAAGCCCGCCGACGAGAAGGCGCCAGCCAGCGACGGGUCUCAUAUUACAAAUCCAACGCCAGAAGUCAAUGGAGUCGGAAGCCAUGAUUCGAGCGACCGCGACCCCGAAAAGAACAGCAAUGGCCACACACCUUUGAAGUUCCCGUCACCCGCCCCGGCCCCGGCCUCUUGCAUGCCUAUCGCUCCGAAUGGUGGUUUCCUAGCUUGGCUGCAGGUUGCAGGCUCUUUCUGUAUAUUUUUGAACACCUGGGGCGUCGUGAACAUGUACGGCGUAUUCCAGACAUAUUACACUGAUUCACUUCAAGGGUCAAGCUCGUCGGCAAUAUCGUGGAUAGGAUCUGUCCAAGUCUUUCUGCUCUCUCUGAUCGGCACGCUUGUCGGACCAAUUUACGACGGUGGUAACGUCCGGUUGCUCUUGAUCGUUGGUCUUGUAACGAGCGUGUUCGGCAUUUUCAUGACGAGUCUUUGCAAUCGAUACUGGCAGUUCUUCUUGGCCCAAGGCCUCGUCACUGGUUUUGGAUUUGGUUGCCUCUUCCUCCCUGGAGUUGCUAUUGUAUCUCAGUACUUCACCACCAAGAAAGCAUUUGCCACAGGCAUUGCAUCUCUUGGCAGUAGCAUUGGCGGCGUGGUCUAUCCGAUUCUAUGGACGCAGCUUCAACCCAAAGUUGGGUUCGGCUGGGCCACUCGAGUGAUUGGUUUCAUAAUGCUGGGAACACUCCUUCUGCCGCUUGUUGCAUUGCGCCCGCUUCAGUACCCCAAAACUCGCAGAUCCCUCUUCGAUCUCUCGUCUCUCCGCGAUGUACCGUACGUCCUUUUCGGGCUGGGCACAUUUUUUGGCUACAUGGGCAUCUACGUCGUCUUCUUCUAUAUCGAGCUCUAUGCCACGUCGAGGGCAAACGUGAGCGCCUACAUGGGCUUCUACCUGCUGGCACUCAUCAAUGCGGGGUCGUCGCUGGGCAGGGUGUUGCCCAACUUUGCUGCCGACUACGUUGGGACGUUGAACAUGCAAACUUCGUUCGCGUUCUUCGCCGCCAUCCUCAGCCUUGUAUUGCUGGCCAUUCGGAAUACGCAAGGCAUUGUUGCAUUUUGCGUCUUGUACGGUUUCUUCACCGGCACCUUUGUCAGUUUACCAGCUCCGACGGUGGCCAGUCUCACCCCGAAUCUGGCAUUGCUAGGUGGUAGGAUGAGUAUGGCUUUCAUGGCUGCUGGGCUUGGGUCCUUGAUUGGGAGUCCCAUCGCAGGUGCUAUUCUGGCGACCAACGGCGGAGAGAACUGGGUAGGGCUACAAAUCUGGGCGGGUGCAUUACUCGUCCUGUCUACUGCAGCGAUGAUCGGCGCAAGAACCGCGAAGGUGGGUUAUAAGAUCUAUGCCAAGGCCUAGGUUGCAUCUAUACUGGGUUGGCCAGAUAUCAGGAUAUGUUUCCAGAAAGAAAACGCCAUCGUACGCCGGAGGGGGUAAGGAUUUAGACUAUAGUCCCGGCGGCCAUAUUCAAUGUUGUCUAGGGGUAGUUGCGGGGUAGUCUCCAACUAGCAGUAUUAAGGUAACGUUGGCCCAUAGAAAGAAAAUGUACUCCAUGG